AGGACACAACGGGAUCUCUCUCUCACACACACACAAGCUCGUCUGGGAUGCGUGUCUGCAGCAACAGAGGACGCAAUCUCUCCUCUCACCGGGCGGAAAAGACCAAUUUCCAUGAGGACUAAUGGUUAUUUUUUUUAAAGGGGGGUAGGGGAGGUGGAGAUGUUUUCCAGUUUCCUGCAGACGCUGGGGAAAAUGUUUCGUUCUUGAAAUACUUGAGGAGUGAGGGCAACUUUCCUUCUGCUCGGACUUCACACUAAUCAGAGCGCAAGACGCGGAGGGAGGAGAGAGAGAGCGAGAGAGGGGAGGUGAGUGGGGAAGAGAGAAAGAGGGAGAGAGAGCGAGAACUGGGCUUAACGAUGCAAAGGGAGCAACAUUCGGCAGAGUGUUUACGCACAGAGGCACCUCGGCGUGUGGCGUCCGCGUAACCGGGAAGCAAUGACAUCUGAGGGGAUGCGGUGGCGGCCGUGGUCCCUGCCCGCGGAUGUUGCGGCUCGGUCGGGCUGCGCACGGAGCCUGUGGGCGGCUGUGAUUGGACCGGACACGGACUGGGGCUGAUUGUCCGAGCGAGGAAGAUGUUGAAGGGACGAGAUCAGCAGGAGUCACCGGCGGGCUUGGAGGUGGCAGUGUCUCCAUAUUAACGCGAGGACGGAGGACAACAAGCAUGCAUGAGGAAUAUAUUUUGGAUAAGAACAGAAACACACCAAAAAUGUCUUUUUUUCCCUCCCUCUCUCUCUUAUUGCCCACAGGGACAUAAAUUUAGAGAUGGAAUUAUAUUUUUUGUCCUUUUUUUCCCCCUUAUAAAGACUGUCAUGUACGUUAUACUAUAUUUUAAUAUCAGAUUGAAGGACUCUUAUUCUGAAAUCUCCAGUAAACUUACUGAACAUUGCAGUAACGUUUUUUUAAAAAGAAAAGAAGAAAAAAACUUUCAUUCGAUAUCUACCAAAAUGCACUUCUGAUGCCACGAAGCAUGGCUUACAUGUGGACUGCACAUCUGCUUCUGUUACUCGCACUCCUCGGAGUGGGGACAGCUUUCUCGGGGGUCUUCAACACCACAGAUAGAGACGUUUUUAUCGAUGACUCGCCACAGGUCAGGCUCGAUCACUGGAAGCUGCACUCUGCCGACUCGCAUCCCAGCCUUUAUUUUAACCAGGCAGACGUGUUACACUUGAGGCAAAGGUCCUCCACCACCCACAGUCACAUCUUUAAAGUUAUCCGGGCGGCUGUGCUCACCAUGCUGUCCAACACCCCCACUUAUCUACCCCCUGCAAAACAUGUGGAGUUUACAAGCAAGUGGAAUGAGAUCUAUGGGAACAAUUUGCCCCCUCUGGCUCUUUACUGCCUGCUGUGCCCCGAGGACUCCGCCGCCUUGCAGUUUCUUUUAAAGUUUAUGGAUAGGAUGGCCAGCUACCCAGACUGGAAAGUGACCAGUGCACCGAAUGAUGAGGUCCCCACGGCACACUCGCUGACCGGGUUUGCCACUGCUUAUGACUUUAUUUACUCUUACUUGGAUGAAAGCAGAAGAGACGUUUACCUCAGGAAAAUCCGUUCAGAGACAGACGCACUGUUUGAGCUCUCCAAGUACAGAGCAUGGGGGAAACAGUAUCUCCAAAACCAUCAAACCACAAAUAUCUUGGCCAUCCUGACUGGUGCAAUUGUGGUGGGCUGUCAUAAUGAUCCGGAGUCAAUGAUCUGGAAACAGGUGGGGGUGAACUACAUGGAGAAAACCAUGUUCCUCCUGAAUCAUGUCGUGGAUGGCUCUCUGGAUGAGGGCGUUGCCUACGGAAGUUACACAGCUAAGUCCAUCAUGCAGUACGUCUUUUUGGCCCAGCGGCAUUUUAACAUCGACAACAUGCAGAACAACUGGCUGCGGUGUCACUUCUGGUUUUACUAUGCCACUCUGCUGCCAGGCUUUCAGAGGACGGUCGGCAUAGGAGACUCCAACUACAACUGGUUUUACGGACCAGAGAGUCAGCUGGCGUUCCUCGACACGUUCGUCCUGAAGAAUGGCACGGCAAACUGGCUGGCUCAGCAGAUUCGGAAGCACAGACCCAAGGACGGGCCCAUGGGGCAAUCGUCGGCCCAGCGCUGGGCUACCCUGCACACAGAGUACAUCUGGUACAACUCACAUCUCACACCGCAACCUCCUCACGACUUUGGUAAAGCAAGGAUGCACAUUUUCUCCAACUGGGGGGUUGUUACCUACGGGGCCGGACUUCCGGCUGGCCAGAGUAAUACUUUUGUCUCUUUUAAAUCUGGUCACCUGGGUGGCCGCGCAGUCUAUGACAUUGUCCACGACAAACCUUACUCCUGGGUGGAUGGUUGGAACAGCUUCAAUCCAGGCCACGAGCACCCAGACCAGAACUCCUUCACGUUUGCUCCCAACGGGCAGGUGUUUGUAUCUGAGGCUCUUUACGGUCCCAAAUACAGCUAUCUUAACAAUGUUUUGGUGUUUAGUCCAUCUCCUACCAGCCAAUGUAACAGUCCAUGGGAGGGUCAGUUAGGGGAGUGUGCCAAGUGGCUGCGCUGGACUGAUGAGGGGGUAGGUGACGCCAGAGGGGAGGUGAUUGUCGCCUCUGAGCACAAGGACACUAUGUUUGUGAGCGGGGAAGCCGUGUCUGCGUAUUCCCCGGCCAUGAGGCUAAAAAGCGUUUUCAGAGCCUUGGUUCUGCUGAACUCCCAAACAUUGCUGGUGCUCGACCACGUCGAGAAGUUGGCCGACUCCCCCGUCAGGUCUCUCAGUGCUUUUUUCCACAACCUCGACAUCGAUUUCAAAUAUGUUCCCUUUAAAUUCAUGGAUAGAUACAACGGCGCCAUGAUGGAUGUGUGGGAUGCUCAUUAUAAAAUGUUCUGGUUCGACAGCCAGGGCCGCAGUCCCGAAACCAGAAUACAGGAGGCAGAGCAGGCAGCGGAGUUUAAAAAGAGGUGGACACAGUACGUCAAUGUCACUUUCCCAAUGACUGGCGCAGUCAGCAGAGUAGCUUAUGUGUUACAUGGGCCAUAUGUUAAAGUUUCCAGCUGCAAAUUUAUGGAUAGCAGCAAAAAUGGUGUUAGGCUUUCUUUAACCAUAAACAACACAGAGAAGAUUGUUUCUAUAGUUACAAACUAUCAGGACAUUGGAGCAAGAUUGGCUUAUAUAGGGUUUGGCGGUCACUGCAAAGUUGAGGAUAGAUAUCAAAUCACUAGAUACGGCCUUGGGACGCAGCACAUCCCUAAACAAAUUAGUAGCGAUAAUCAGCUCUUUGACAUUGGAUUCGCAGUCAACGUGGUUGCGGGAGUUGUUCUCUGUGUGGCCAUAGGAUUUUUGACCAUGCAGAGAAAGUUUUAUGUUUGCUUCAGCAGGUUGAUGCGCUACGCCUUGCUCUCCGUGCUGGUCCUCUGGAUUGUUGAGCUAUUGUUUGUGUCCAACAGCUGUGAUCAGCUUCUCUGCGGCGUGAAGUGGAAAGGCGAGGGCACCAGGAGUGAAGUAAGCAAACAAAUCCGGUUGUAUGAGCAGCACCGGCUCCCCCUCCCCACUGUGGUCAUAACGGCUCUUCCUGGAUCGGGGUCAGAAAUACUCAAGCACCUUUUCUAUAAUAACUCAGACUUUGUUUACAUAAGGGUUCCCACUGAACAUGUGGACAUUCCUGAGACCGAGUUUGAAUUUGACUCGCUGGUUGACACCUGCGAGUGGUCAAGGACAGACGCCGUGCACGGGCGGUUUAAGAUAAUUCAGGGCUGGCUGCAUUCACUGGUGCACAACACUAAGCUGCACUUGCAGAAUAUCCAGCUUGCAGAGGGCAGCAGGGUCAAACAGCCCCAGAGAGCAAGCCCCUCCAGGGACAGAAAGAAAAGAUCCAGGCGGAGGGAGCCUGCAUCUGAGCUGAAGGGCAGGCUGAGGGCCAGCCUGGACAGAGACGCAGAGUACGUCAGGGAGAUGAGACGGCACGUUGCGGAGUACCCCAGCGCCCGGGUGGUCCUCAACAUGCGGAGCGGCAGCUGGACGCUUAAACUGCCCUUUAUUCAGGAAGUGGUCGGCCCCUCCCUGAGGGCAGUUUAUUUGGUCAGAGACCCUCGAGCAUGGAUUUAUCUCAUGGUUUAUAACAGCAAACCUAGCCUUUACACACUCAAAAACAUCCCACAGCACCUUUCCUUGAUAUUCAAGGAGGAUUCAGUGAGGGGAGGGUGCCCAGCGAUCGCGCCGGAGUUCAAGACAAUCCAGUGGCUGCUGUCCCGCUCGGAAAUUAACCCCGUCCUGAUCCUUGCACACCUGUGGCUAGCCCACACGGCGGCAGCGCUGCGAGUUGCCGAGAGCCUCCCCGAGGAUUCCUACCUGCGAGUGAGGUUCGAGGACGUGGUCAGCUUCCCCCAGGAGACAGCGGAGACAAUACACGGGUUCCUGGGAGUGCCUGUGUCGCCCGCGGCCCUCAAUCAACUGACAUUCACCACCUCCACAAACCUGUACAAUCUCAUGUAUGAAGGGGACAUCUCACCAGCAAACAUCAACAUCUGGAGGCAGAAAAUGCCUCGAAAGGACGUCAGACUCAUUGAGGACGUAUGUGGAGGUGUGAUGAAAAGGUUGGGUUAUGCCAGGUUUGCAAGUUAACUGCUGCUGACCAGCUUGUAUUGAGCUGCCAUGUUUACUGUAGCUUCCAAUCAAUUUUCUUUCCCUUUAUUUUCCUUUGCACUGAAAUUUAAGAAAGUUAGUUGCCUGUCUGUCUGUGUCCAAGUGUUUUGCUUUCAGUGGGGGUGUAUUUUAAGACUUGUGCAGAUUACGCCAACAGAUGUCUUAGAGGAAUAUUUAUAUGUAUAAUAAUAGGUGGAAGCGAUGGUGUGUUUUCCUCCAGCAGCUGCUCGUGUUUACUUGUAGCAAUCCUUCAAUUAGAGAGAUUUUUAAACCUU